UUCCGAACAACUAGAGCGAUCGACAACGACAAGGUUAGAGACAUCUAUCCAGGUUCUGAUAUAAAUAAUUCAUAUGCGGCAAUUCAGAGACACAUUGGACCUGGCCGUCCAAAAUACUGAAAUUUCAUGUCCACCAUGGCAUACGAGGUCAUGAGAAAUCCACUGUUUAUCGAACUGCAACAGGCUAUCUUGGGUCAACGCAUCACUAUUGCAAACUUGUAUCAACUUCUUCCUGAAUGGGAACCUCGCACACAUAAGGAUUAUGAGCGAAUGCGAGACAAAGUCCUAAACCCUUGGAUUCGACGAUGGAUGGAAGAUGAAAAAUUGAUCCAGAAAAUGCAAAAAGCAAAUUUUGCGCUUUUUGCUGCGGUGCUAUGCCAUGAUUCCUCCUUUGAGAAGCUUUGCACAGUAGCAAAGUACUUUGCCUGGUAUUUUGUUUGGGACGAUACCCUCAAAUAUUCAGUCUUCGAUUGUGGGACUCUCCAGCUGAACCCUUCAGCAGCGAGUGGGUACAGAGAGGCUAGUCUCGCGUAUUUCAGGCACGUCCUACUGCGAGACGGCGAUUUCCCGGAUCUUUCCAUGUUUUCAACGGAGCUACAAAAGGCUUUGCAUUGUUGGGAUGAAGUUGGAGAGCAUAUCUGUCAAGAAUGCAGUAGAGACUGUUGCCAACUGCUCCUGGACCGCAUGCUUGAAUAUGUUGGCAGUGUGGACACUAUAGAUAGUCUCUUCUCUGAUGGAAAGAUUCCUAACCUAGAGACCUACUGGAAACGACGAGAACAUACUGCAGCAGUCCACUGCGUGAUUGCAACUAUUCCCUUCGCGUAUGGGAUUGAUGUUUCAAGGUCAGUCUUAGACAACAAGAACAUGGCGCUUUUAUGGAAGCAUGCAUCGUAUAUUGUCCACAUAACCAACGACAUGUUUUCCUUUCGAAAAGAAUUCAAUAAUGGCCAACUCGAAAAUAUGAUCCCCAUUUUAAUGGCAAAUAUAGGUGUUAAUUGCAACCAAGCUAUGCAACUUAGCUAUCGCAUCUGCAGACAAGAGGUUGAGGGUUUCAACGCCAAUGCAAACCGUCUACUGAAGGAUAAAAAUGAGAGCUCUCGUCAAAUAUCUAGGGCAUUCAUUGAAGGAUGUAAGGAUGUCUUUAUGGGUCUUAUUCACUGGAGCUACAAUGGGGAGCGGUACUUCAAAGCCAUCGAGAUUGGGUCGAAUCACUUUAUCAGGUUCCAGAUUAAUCCCCCGUCAUACCAGGCAGUAAAUACGGAAGGCGCCAAAGUCGCUGGACCCGGACCUGGAGCUGCUGCCGUAGGGGGUUCAGGCACGGUGUAAUCAAUUUAUUGAGGUCAUUUCAUAACACAACUAUAG